CGAUGGUCUGUUGUCGCUAAUCCCGGCAAAGAACUACUACGGUGAAGAUGGCAGUGUACGUUCUCACCUUGGUUUCUCCUUUUCUGCUCCAAGCAAAAAACCCCUCCUGUCCUACGUCUCCUCUCCUACUCUCUUCUCCCUUGUCCCUUCCCCCCCAUCACUAUCCAGCCGCUGCCCAGGACGUGGCUGACCGCAACCCCUGGAUUAGGACCAAUGGCAGCGGAAAAAGCAGACCAAGGAGCAAGCUCGCGAAGCCAAGCGGGCCAAGUUAGACCCCGAUAAUGUCAAGACGGCCAAGGAUGUGAUGGACGAGAACGCUCGUAAGCGCAAGCGGAACGAAGAGAAAGCUGGAGAAGACGCCUCGUCCGAGGACGGAGAACUUGGCUCCGAGCAGCCCCGAGAAGGUCUGAAACGUGGUGACGCAAAGUCCAAGAAGCAAAAACAGGCCGAAGACUCGGCAAACUCGGAUGCCCAGGCCAAGUCGAACGAGGCCGCCGAAGCGCGCAGAAAGUUGAAGGAAGAGAAGAAGGCACAGAAGAAGGCCAACCAAAAGGAGAAGAAGAAGGCCAAGGACGCUGCCAGGAAAGCGAAGGAGGACGAGCAAAAGUCCAAGCAGGAGCAAACAUCUACCGCCGAGGUUGCGCAAGAUUCAGAGUCUGCCCCUGCCAGCAAAAAUGAGGACAACGAAGUGGAGGCUGAGGACAGCGAUGAGAGCGACGCCGCCGAGGGCGUUGUUCCCGAAGAGGGGCUCUCACUCGAGUUUAACGAAGAACCCGAAACCUCUUCGUCGACCCCCAACUCCUCUGGAUUUGAUGCGUCCAAUCCCCAGUCCGGCAGGUCUUCCAUCUCCUCCGUCGCCCCCUCGACCGAUGCCCCCAAGUCCUCCACCUCCAACGACCUCAAGCCCCUCAAGGCCACUUCCGAACAGUUGAAGCAGCGGCUUCAGAAGCGCCUGGACGAGCUCCGGGCUGCUCGUCACGCCGAUGGGUUGAAUGGCAAGCCCGCCCGCAACCGCCAAGAGCUUAUCGAAGCGCGCCGACAAAAAGCCGAGCAGCGCAAAGCGCACAAGAAGGAGCUGCGUCAGAAGGCCCGCGAGGAGGAACAACGGCUGAAGGACGAGGCCAUGGCCCGCCGCUUCUCUCCCGGCGGAUCCGGCUCCCUUCUUGCCUCUCCGCGCUCCCCUGCCGACUCGGUUGGCUCUUCCAGCAAUGCCAACUACUCCUUCGGUCGGGUGGUCUUCGGCGACGGCCAGCACGCCGACCCCACGCUCCAGAACGUCCGCGAUCAGCCCAAGCGGCAGGGUGCUCAUCACGACCCGGCCGCCGCCCUCAAGGCUGUCGAGGCCAAGAAGGCCCGGCUGGCGUCCAUGGACGAUGAGCGGCGGGCCGACAUCGAGGAGAAGGACAUGUGGCUGAACGCGAAGAAGCGUGCCCAUGGCGAGCGGGUCCGCGACGAUACGUCGCUGCUGAAGAAGGCACUCAAGCGCAAGGAGACGGCUAAGAAGAAGUCCGAGCGCGAGUGGAGGGAGCGUAUCGACGCCGUCAAGCACGGCAAGGACAUGCGCCAGCAGAAGCGCGAGGAGAACCUCCGCAAGCGCCGCGAGGAGAAGGGAGGCAACAAGGGCAAGAAGAAGCCCGCCGCCGGCGGAGGCAAGAAGAAGGCCAGACCGGGCUUCGAAGGUAGCUUCAAGGCUAAGGCUGGUGGCGGUGGGAAGAAGAAAUAAGUGACCAGGACCUAAGGUAGUCCUUCGCCGUUGCCCUUCCUUCCUUCCUUCUCCGACCUCCCACUGCAUCUUCUUACCAUUGCCGUUUCCCUCUCUUCCUCCCUCAUUGCUAUCCUCCAUACCCUGAUUGAGCGGUGAUAUUCUCCCUGGUGAUCCGUCGUCGUCGUUCCUUCCCAAGUAUGUAAUAUCAUCUACCUUCCACCCUACCCUACCCACCACCACUACGAUACCUUACCUACUCCUUCAAUUCCACCUCCCCCCACCACCACCUUCGAUAUCUCGAAUACAACCAGGAGACGGGAGGGGCAAGGACGAAUCAAUCACCAAAACCAAAAAAGAGA